AUUGAAUUAUUUUCAAAAUCUUGUCUGCGGAUUAAGUAGCUCAUAAUCUCGUUAUGGCAAUGCCGAUGUCGAACAUGGCCGGACCACCACCUGGUGUGCUACCGCCGGCUGCCAUUGGGACUUCAGGGCUUCAAUAUCUGGCGCAGAUGAAUGAAGUUCGAAUUAACCAACAGGUAGAGAUUGCUGAAGUAAUGACGGGUAUCGACAUGGCGAACAGGUACCAAGUGUUGGAUGGCGGAAAUAGACUUAGUUACUUUGUUUACGAAGAGUCGGAAUGCUGCAAUCGUGUGUUUUGUAAAGAAAAUCGAGGAUUCAUUAUGCAUAUGAUGGACAAUACAAACCAAGAAGUUCUCAGAAUGGAGCGUAUUUUCAGGUGCUGUACUGGUUGUUGUUGGUUCAAGAGUUGCGGCCACAUCCUUGAUAUCACCGCUAAUGGCGUUCCACUUGGAUUGGUGCGACAAAGUCAAUACUGCCUUCAGCCUAAACUAUCCAUCGAGAACUCUAGUGGACAAGAAUUGUAUCAUAUUGAAGGACCAAUGUGUGUUUGCCAUGGUCCUUGCUGUUUCGGUGAUGUACCAUUCAACGUUUUUGCCUCUGGUAGUUCCGCUGAGCCUGUUGCUUGUAUAUCACGAGUCCAUGCUGGAUGCGCUCAAGAAAUGUUUUCCAAAGCUAAUCACUUCAAGAUCGUGUACCAGCAAAAUCUAGAUCUCAAUUCUCGAGCUCUUAUUUUCUCUGCAACUUUUCUAUUAGACAUGAUGUUUUUUGAGCAUGAUAAAUAAAAGUCGGUAUAGUUUAAAAACUGUUUAAAAU